AUGCACUCAAAGGAGCUCCUGAUCUUAUUCUGUGAAAACUCAGGUGAUGCGCCAAGUGACUUUGAGCUGAUGUCUUCAAUGAUGCAGCGUCUGACUCUGCUUGAGAGGCAGGUCACAAGCCAAAAAGAGGAGAUGGGACGCAAGGACAAUGCUAUUUCAGUUUUGAAGGACAAACUGAAAGCACUGGAAGACUUGGAGAAUGGACAUGUUGAAAUUUGCGGUCAUCUUGAAAGACGGUGCAAAGAGCUACAGCUCCAAGUGGAUGACAUGGAGAGGUUCCUGAAUGACUAUGGCUUGAUCUGGGUAGGAGAUAGUAAGCCUGCUAAUGGCACACAGCGAACAGACUUAGGUACAAACAAUUUACUUUCGAACUUAAAAGGGCUGCUAAUAUGCAAGUUUAAUCUCCUUUCAGAUACCUCUUUGCACAGGAAUUUCCACAUUGACUUUGACCUCGUGAUACAGACGAUCAAGGAGCUCAACAUCCUCGCAGGAGAACCUUUCAUACAAUCCACGCCCACGGGAGCGCAUUUGGCACGAAAUGAUCCUGUGCAAUUGAAGCUCUACAGCAAUGGUAUUGUCAUGUUUGAUGGACCUUUCCGAUCCUACCAGGAGAACAGCACCCAGCAAUGCAUGCAGGAUCUGAUGGAAGGCUAUUUCCCAUCUGAGCUUCAAGGCAGAUUUCCUGAUGGUGUGCCUUUUGAGGUCCAUGACAGACGGAAUGAGGAAUUUGUCCCGAGAGCACCGUUUGAUAAAUUUCCUGGUAAAGGACAGGCUGUGCAAGACAAAAAAGAGGACUCAGCAAUGAGAGUCAGCUCAGAAUUAACUGGUAAGACAUUUAGCACAAACAAGUUUCUUAACAGACUACCAAAAAUGGUGGUGAAGGCGGGUCGUGUGAUUGACAUCAGUGACUCCGUACAGACAAACUUGAAGAGCUCCUCUGACAUACACAACAGUUGCUCUGCAGUCAUUGUCAAUACACCAGCACUGCAAGCAAUGAAGGACAGCAUCUCGACUGACUGGCCUUCGUCCGUACGCAACAUGGUCACACUCAAGGUCAAGUCAGAAGAUGGUGAUUGUACUUUUGUGCUGAAAAUGUGCCUCUCCGAGACUGUUGGUAAUCUGAGGAAACACCUGGACACACACAGGGGACAUAAACUGUCUGGCUAUGACAUUAUCAGUGCAUACCCUCCUUGUCAUUACCAGGAUGAGCACCAAACACUUGGGUCAUGUGGGUUCACAAACAACGUUACUCUUCUUCUGCGAGGAAGGAAAAAUCACUCAUGA